AUGCCGAACCAAAGUACACUAGUUGGUGAUCUAUAUUGUGAUAUCCCACUAGGUCUUUAUAUUAUCCGUGGGAAGAACGUCGUGUUAAUUGGAGAAUUGGAUGUUGAUAAGGAGGAACUUCCACCCCAUAUGACUCAUGUUUCAUCAGUUGCUGAGAUUACAAGGGCGCAAAAAGCAGAAAGGGAGUCUACAGAUCUUAAAGGUUCAAUGAGAAAGAGGAUGGAAUUUCUUGAUAUGGACUAAGAAUUCUUGUUACUGAUAUCUGGUUCUUCCCAGUAU